AUGUUCUGGAUUCUCCUCAUCGCUGCUACGCUCUCAGACCUCAUCCAAUAUUCAUACGCUGACCUAGACCGUCUUCCAGACAAUGCAAUUGCUGUCAUCCACGACUCUUUCUUUACCAAGCGCGAAGCCCAGCUUGAUAUUGAAAGAAUUGCAGAGGCAUUUGGAACUGUUUAUGUGAUGGAUAAGCAAAGCAAGCACAAUCUCGAAAGCUUUCUUGAGAGAAAAGACGGCAAGCCCCUGUACGAACCCAUCCUGUUAUAUAGGAAUGACGCCGCAGGCGGGAUCGAACCCAUGGACGAUCAGUUCUCCUAUGCUAAUGCAUUAGAUUUUGUCAUUCUUAAAUCAACGACCCCAGAUCCGGAUCUUUUGUUACCUUUCAUUUCAACAACGGACAUAGAGGAGAAGGCCAGAGAAAUCGACAGGCUCCAAGGCAACAUAACCAGAAGGCACAUUAAGCUCGUUAAGGAGGGGAAGAUGUCUGAAGAGCACAUUGCAUUGUUUACACCGCCGCAACUUUUCUUCUUUGAAGGCAGCGACUGCGAACCGUGCGCUGUUCUCAAGUAUCAGUACAUGCAGUAUGUCACCAGAAACUCUAAGAACGUGGUGGGGUACCUGGUGAACUGCGACACCCAUGCGGACUUCUGCAGGGCCCGCAACAUCACGGGGAUUCCCGCUCUGCGGAUGUAUGCAAAGAAGCAAUGGUUUGCGUACAAGCCUAGUAUGGAUACAGGAUACUCGAUUGAUCGCUUCGUUAAAGACAAUGCAGUUAAAGAAGAGGACAUAGCCUAUGCUCGGGAGGUCUUCAAUGUCUCAGCCACCGUCAAAGCAGACACUAAGGACGAGACUAAUGAAACCAGAAGCACAUCCGGAGAGGAAGUGAAAGAGGAGGAGCCACAAAGUACGAAAGUACAGAGGAAGAAGCGUCCCAUACCAGUGUACCGCAAUAUUACAGACGUGGGCGGAGAUGACCUACGUCGCAGUCUACAAAAGGCCAAGACUGCAAGGGAAACACUCAAGGACGAUCUUAAAAGAGAGCUGUAA